AUGGAGGCUGAGUUGAGGAUUCGGAACGCGAUCGAAACCGACGUGGAGGAGAUUUACAGAAUCCACACUGAAGCAAUCAAAAAGAAGUGUUCUACUCGCUAUGGCGCGGAAAAUGUUUCUGCUUGGGUUGCUAGACAGGAAAAAGCGAAGUAUCUGCCUUUUAUAGUAGCGAAUGAAAUCAUAGUAGCAGAGAUCGCUCAGAGCAGAAGAGUUGUGGGGUUUGGCCAUCUAACUGCAGAUACAGGAGCAGAUUCUGACGAAACUGCUGAUGGAAAAGCUAUGCAGAUUAGGGGACUCUUUGCUGAUCCUGACUGCGGUGUUAAGGGGGUGGGAACCGCGCUGGUAAAGGAACUCGAGAACAGAGCAAAGGAAUUUGGAGCCGUACGCGUCAAGGUGAACUCUUCUCUAAAUGCUGUUGAAUUUUACAAGAAAUGUGGUUUCUUCGCACUCGACAUUACACGCCAUCAGAUAUCAGAGCAGUCUUGUCUGCAAUGUCAAAAAAUGAUAAAAUACUUGUGA